GCUGUCGGAGCGGAGCAGCAGCGGGAAAGCCUUCGGAGCCGGCCGUCGGAGCCGUGCCGGCGGGGGAAGGCUCCCCGCAGCCCGGGGGGUCCCCCCAGUAGGGCUGGGGGCGCGGUUGGGGGGGUCCUGCCAUGGCCUUCACCAUGCUGCGCCCCGUGGCCGCCCGCGUGCUCUACCCCGACCUCAGCAUCCUCUCAGAGGACGAGGAGAACCGGAGCGAGAGCGACACGUCGGACCAGUCGUUCGGCUGCUGCGAGGGGGCCGAGGCUCGCCGCAAGCUGCCGCGGAAGCCGGGGCCGAUGGUGAUGGUGAAGCAGCGGCAGGCGGCCAACGCGCGGGAGCGGGACCGGACCCAGAGCGUCAACACGGCCUUCACCGCCCUGCGGACCCUCAUCCCCACCGAGCCGGUGGAUCGGAAGCUGUCCAAGAUCGAGACCCUCCGCCUGGCCUCCAGCUACAUCUCCCACCUGGCCAACGUGUUGCUGCUGGGCGAGGGCUGCGAGGACGGGCAGCCCUGCUUCAGUGCCAUCUACGGCGCCAAGGGUGACCUGGACAGCAAGCAGCCCCGCAGCAUCUGCACCUUCUGCCUCAGCAACCAGCGGAAAGGGGGUGGCCGGAGGGAGCUCGGGGGCAACUGCCUGAAGGUGCGAGGGGUGACCCCGCUGCGGGUGUCGCGGAGAUGAGCCGGGAUCCGGCAGCACCCACCUGAGACAGCGGCAGAGCCGGCCGGAGCUCCGGGGACCGGAGCGGGGAGGGAGGGAGCUGCCCCUCCAGGGCCGCGGGCUGGCACCGCACCCACACCGGCCCCACAGCGGGGUGGGGGGACACUCCCGGGGCCGAGGCCACCGGCGCGGGGCAGGGCCGGGAAGGGGGGUCCCCGCGCCCCGGGGCUGGCCGGGCAGGGGCCCGGUGUGCGGCCGGCGUCGAGGCGCUGCGGGGGGGGACACGGGGUGCGGCAGCCCCGCAGGCACCGGUUGUGACCGUGCAGCCGCUUGGAAAAUAAACCUUAUUUUUUCUGA